AUGGCUACACGCACCCGCCGUAAAACUCAAGUGCAGAGAGCUCCAGAUGCGAGCCGAUCCAAUCGCCGACCCGAUUUUCGGGGAUCCAGGGAUUGGAAACUCGGGACGUGGAACUGCAGGUCUCUCAAUUUCGAUGGGAGCGACCGCAUUCUUUCCAACGAAUUGCGGGUCCGCGGCCUCGAAGUCGUGGCGCUGCAGGAGGUGUGCUGGAAGGGGAAGGACCACCGAGAGUACGGGGGUUAUACUAUGUACUGGAGCGGCGGCGACACACACGAGCUGGGGACAGCUUUUAUCGUGCUGGGCGAAAUGGCGAAGCGCGUGAUUGGUUGGUGGCCAGUCAACGACAGAAUGUGCCGGUUGAGAAUCAAGGGCCGAUUCUUCAAUCUGAGCAUCAUCAACGUGCACAGCCCGCACAUGGGAAGCGACGCCGAUUGCAAGGACGCUUUCUACGAGCUUCUUGACCGCGAGUACAGGAAGUGUCCAAAACACGACGUCAAGAUUGUCAUCGGUGACUUAAAUGCUCAAGUCGGCCAGGAGGAGGAGUUUAGACCGGUUAUUGGGAGGUUCAGCGCCCACCAGCAGACGAACGAGAACGGCCUACGACUCAUCGAUUUCGCUACCUCUCGAAACAUGGCCAUACGUAGUACCUUCUUCCAGCACACCCCCCUAUACAAGUACACCUAG